UAACAAAAGGCGUGCCAUAUCUAUUCAGAGCGUGGUGCAAUGUAAACAAACGCGAACAAAGUGAGCCACGAAUUUGCGCCUUUUAAAUGGCAAUUAUACUUGCAGCCUGAAGUACACAGUAAACUGCAACAUGGCGGCCAGUGGCAUGGCCAGAAUGAGGCAUUUUGAGAACAAGAUGCCCGACUGUGGAUACGACCAGGAGGUCCAAAUUCCAGUCGACCAGAUCCGUGCUCGAAUCGUAGCGGUAAUUGAAGCUCUUCGCCAGAACGUGGUGCCGAGCCCACAGGCCUGCGAAGGCGGCGUGUACGUCGGUAUUGCGGGUAUAGCGUACGCUCUUCUGUAUGUGGCUCAAUCAAAACAGAUUCCUGAAAAAGAGAGUGAAUAUUUAGAACUCGCUGAGCAGUAUAUCAUUCAAGCCUUGGACUAUGAAGAGAAAAAACAGACGCCAGAAAUGCGAUCAGCCUUUCUCCUCGGAUCAGCUGGAGUUUAUGCAGUAGCUUCGUUGCUGUACAGAGCAUUGGGAAAGGAAGAAAAGGUUCAAGAAUACAUAGGAAAAUAUGCUGGUCUAGCAGGGAUGUGCUGUCAACCUAGUGAUUAUCUUGGCUGUGGAUCUGAUGAAGUGCUUGUAGGAAGAGCUGGUUACUUAUGUGGAGCAGAAAUGCUUACCAAGAAACUAGGUCAACAGGUUUUGAGUGAUGAGGUGACCUUUACGAUCUGUCGAGCCAUAGUGGAUUCUGGGAGGAGCUACUCACAAAGACAUAAAUCCCAAUCACCGCUCAUGUAUGCAUACUACAACACUGAGUAUUUAGGUGCGGCUCAUGGUCUUUCUGGGAUUGUUCAGAUGCUACUCAACUACCCUACCUUUGUGAAGUCAGACCCAUCCAUUGAAGCAGAUGUAAGGAGAUCUGUUGAUUAUCUCAUCUCCUGUAGAUCAUCCGAUUACAACAUACCACCAACUGUAGCUGAGUGUGUACAGCAACGUCCACUUGAACAUCAGCUCGUUCAUUGGUGUCAUGGAGCACCUGGAGUGAUCUAUCUGUUUGCCAAGGCGUUUCUACUGUGGAAGGAUCCUAUGCAUCUGAUUGCAAGUAGAAAAUGUGCUGAUCUGACUUGGCAGAAGGGUCUUCUGAGAAAAGGUCCUGGAAUCUGUCAUGGAAUCGCUGGAAAUGGUUAUGUCUUCCUCCUUACAUACCGUCUGACUGGAGACUGUAAGUUUAUUCACAGAGCGCUGCAGUUCUCAGAGUUCAUGCAGACUGAUGAGUUUGUUAAGGGGGCUCGUUGCCCUGAUGCCCCCUUCAGUCUGUUUGAGGGUUGGGCAGGUGCUGUUUGCUAUCUUACUGAUUUACUGCAGCCUCACAAUGCGGAAUUUCCCUUCUUUGAUGUCUUCUAAUAAAAUAUCAAUACAUGUAUACAUCCAAAUAUAUUUUAGGUUUGGUUGUUUGAUUUUUUCCUAUUUGUUUUUUUGGUUCAUUUUUACUAGCUACAUGUAGAUAGCUAGGGUUAGUGUUACUGUUGAGGGGUAGCAAAGGAGGCCAGUCAGGCUUCCAUACUAACUUGUUUUUUGUAUUAUUGUUUGACCCAUUGUUCAAUCCAUCUGUAAGUGUAUGUAUAUUACCAUGUAUCAUAUAAUAGAAUAAAAUGAAAGCUACAAUGUUCCUCUAUGAGUGAUACUGCACAAUACUAUGUUUUGAAGGAAUGUUUACCUGUAGGUGGUGGCAUUCUGGGUUGUCCACCGGUUAUUUUCUCUUUAAUUGUUUUUCUCCCAUUUUUGUUUGUUACCAUGAUCAAAUCAGAAGUGCUAAAAUAGAUCGUACAUGAAGAUUUCAAAAGAUUAAGGUCAUAAGCUCAAAACAGAUCUCAUAAAAUGUCUUCUUUCUGUUUGAGCUGGACAAUUUAAGAAACCUGGCUGAAUGUGUCAACAUCCCAGCAUGUGUUAAUAAUUGGCUCAAGUGGUCUAAUGUCAUACUAUAUUAGGCUAUUGGAGGAUCCUGAGGACUCCCCUCUCAUCUCACUUGUGAAGUGACCUAUACCCAUACAAUUUGGCACUGCAUUUCAUGAAAGACUAAGCCAAAGUAAAAUAUGGGUUAAAGCUGUGAAAGGUGAAAGGUUGAUGAAAUAUCUAUUAAAAGCAUUUUUCUCUCACUGAUUGUACAACUGUGAGAUAUGAUCACAGUAAAUUCAAUAUCUAUUAAAAGCAUUUUUCUCUCACUGAUUGUACAACUGUGAGAUAUGAUCACAGUAAAUUCAAUAUUGGGAGCUAUGCGGCUGUGACAUCACAUGAACAAUCAAAGUUACAUUUUGCAAAGUAUUUUACUUUUUGUAUGUGCUGCUCAAUUUGAUACAGUUUAUUAGCAAGCAUGUUGACGUUAGCACAUGCUCAAGAAACUUGAUAGUAAAGAAGAGCGCAUAACAUGUGACCAUAUCUAAGCCAAUAUUUUAAUCAGAAUUCACAUGACCUAUUAAAAAAAAUUUAAUCAAAAAUUAUGAUUGUGCCCUCAAUAUCUUAUGAAUGUCUUACUUGUUAAGCUACAUGCACCUGUAGAUCAUACAAGUAAAAACCUUCAAAUGCAUUCAUGUAAAACUACUAGGAUCUAUGCAUCUGUCUUCAUCGAUCUAGUGAAUCCUUUUUCUGACUUAUUUUAUAUCUUUAUUCAUUUUUUGUAAGACAUUUAGAUUUAGAUCUGGGCCCUGUCUUACAAAGAGUUGAUAUUGAUCUGAAUCAAUAUCAAGUCCCUAAAUCAAUCACAAGUCUGCAGUCUCUUAUGUACAUAGUUGUGAUUGAUAUCAAUCACAAAUAAGUUGCGAUUGAUAUCAACUCUUUGUAAUACAGGGCCCAGAAUAGUAAGUUGCAAUGUAUUUUUAUAUCAAGAAAUGUAUGUAUUUGAAGAUAUUUAAUGUCAAUCAGAUUUGUUGAAGUAAAUCAAUGUGAACAGCUUUAAUAUCUACCGAGUAGAGCUACCGGUAUAUCAAUUCUACCAAGUAUAGUCAUAUCAUUUCUACAAGCUACCCACAGAAUAGUAUGUAGAUGUUAUCAUAGAUGUUAUCAUAGAUGUUAUCAUAGAUGUUAUUGUAGAGUGUGUGUUUGUACAAGAUGAUUGUCAUGUUCACUUUCUUUAUGAAAGUACUUUAACAAAAAUCAACUCUCAACAACGGUAAACGGUACUCAUUUUCCCAUCUCAUUGUUACUCUAAAUACUUUGACCGUUUUCUUACUUUCUGUUUAUAUUUAUUUAUGGAUAUUAAUAAUAUAAUAGUAAUUUUGUUUACCUAGCCAAGCCACAUGAGCAUCAGUGCUGUUCUUCCUGUGCACCGGUCCACUAUGUUGAUAAAUGAAGGGACAAUAAUGUGCAUGUAAAGUGUGUAAGUGACAUUAUUUUUCCAGUAAUUCUUGUAGUCAAUGAAGUAAUAAACUUCUUGUCACAAUUCAGCAUUUCUAGCUACUAAAUGAACUCAUUAUUAAAUUCUUGCAAAUUUGAAAGAUUGUUGUAUUGUAUCAAUAGAUUCUUAAUGGAAAUGGAAGGUUGCUUUGGUGUACGGUAGAAAUAUACAAAUCUUUUGACUUGAUUGUUGUUUUUAGGAAUGCCAAUAUGUACUUGACUUCUCAGCUUGGUAUAAUUCAGAUUACAGCAAUGCAUUUGCAUGUAUUUUAAGCCAGAAGAUUUGGUAUUUGUUAGACUUUUAUUAUUCUGAAUAUUUUCAUUUUUAAUAGAACACAUUUUAGUAUGUGCUAUAAUUGUUUUUCUUCUUCAUAAUGCAUUUGAAGCAUUAAAAUAUGAACGAAAUACCUUUGGUUCACUUGUUAGUCCAAAUAUUUCUUUCUUUACACACAGUUCAUACGAACUGAGCCCAAAGUACAAAGUGAAAAUGCUGACCCAGGAAUAUUUUUGUUUUCACAUGGCUCAUGUUUAUGUACCGGGUAGUUUUUUGCUUUUCCUUAAUCGUUCUUUAACUAAAUCAAUUCAAGGUGUGAUAAACAGGACAUAAAAUAGCACUCUGAAUGGUUGCAUGGCUACAGCAUCAAUGUAAGACUGCAUCUUAAAAGGAAACAUUACCCAAACAAUAAGCGUAGGUAUGCUAAAAGAUGAGAUUUAUCCCUGGCUAUUGCAACAUUCAUUUCGAAAGUGUACAAGAAAUGAUAAAUGAAGAUAUUCUUGUUGUGAUGUAAUGAAUUUUUAGCAUGUGAAGUACCAUGGGAACUUGUACAUGUAUCAUGCACCAUGCUCUAGUUGGAAAGACUUUUUAAUUCAAUAACAAAACCUUUACUUUUCAAUAAGGGAAAAUAAAAGCUUAGAAAGUGUAAAUUACAUUUUUAAAAUAUACAUAAAAGGAACAAUUGUGACUCAUUCAUACCGGUACUCAAAUAUAGCAGUUGACAAAUCUAUUUCAUUUAUGCAAAAUGUCACCCCAGAAGAGCAACAACAUAUGCAAUUUGCAUUCUGAUAAUUAUACUACCAAAAAUAAUAGCAGGUGAAUGAAAUAAUUCAUCACUACACACCUGGGAAUUAAGCAUCCAUAAAUUUGAAUACAUUUACUUGAUAUUACUUGAUAAACGACUUUGCAUCGUACGUCACGUUAUCAAGAAAAUCGCAAUACCCAUGUCGUGCUGAGAAACUACAUUUGCUAAGAAUAUUGCUUUAUACCUCUCUCAUACACGUUGAUUUGGAAUGUUGUAGAUUAAUGGGCAAGAAAACUUGAAGUAAAAAAAAUGUAUUGAUGUAAACAAGAAGAUUUUGAUCACUUCUGUCUUUAACAAUUUAGAAUUUAGAUUCUUCUGUUCUGAAACCUUUUUGUCAACAAAAAAUGAUUCAUAAAAUGUUAAAUGUAUCCAAAGGAUAUGAUGUUUGUUGAUAUCCAGAUUGUUAAGCAUAUUCUUCCGGUGAAAAGUACUUAUUUGUUAAUAUUAUAUUAGGAGUAAGAUGAUUAUUUUCUAGUAGCAUAAUGUCUUUACAUUGUAAUUGGUAUUGUUUUAUUGUCAACCAUUUUCAUUUCUUUAAUAUUUAAGUGAUUGUUUUGUAUAUUUUUGAUUUGUUUUCAUAGUUGCCAGUGACAUCAUAUAUUUUGGUGAAGUAAAAUAAAUUGUUUGCCAAAAAUGACAUAAGUUACAAGCAG